AUGGACUACAGUGAAAUACUGGAUUUCAGUGACAAAGGGGAGACCAAACUUGAGAUUUUAAAGUUUAGUUAUAACUGGGCUGAGGAGGUAGAGAGGCAAGAGAGAUUGGAGGCAAUGGAGUCAGAAGACAGAAAAAGAAAGAAGAUUGUGAAAGCCCUUAUGAAGAAAGUUCACCAAGAAAUGAUUGACAUUAUAAACAAAAAGUCAAAGGAGAUGCGCAAAAUACGGUCCGACAUGGCAAGGAAGACAGAUAAAAUGGAGGCUAUCCACAGAGAGCUAAAGGACAUUACAGCCAGAAAGUCAAGCGAAAGGGAGAAAAUACAGGCCGACGUGAUGCGAAAAAUGGAGUUAAUGCAAGAUAUCCAUAGAGAGCUGAUGGACACCGUAACAAGAAAGAAAAACGAGAUGCAAAAAAUAUGGUCCGACAUGAUGAGGAAGAAAGAUCAAAUGGAGGCUGUACACAGAGAGCUUAAAGACACCACAACUAGUAAGUUAAGAGAAUUGGAGAAAAUACAGGCCGACAUUAUUCGCAAAAGGGAGCUAAUGGAUGCUGUGCACAGAGAACUUAAGGACACUAUAGCCGGAAGCUUAAGCAGGAUGGAGAAAAUACAGGCCAACAUGAUUCGAAAAAGGGAGCUAAUGGAUGCUGUGCACAGAGAACUUAAGGACACUAUAGCCGGAAAGUUAAGCAAGAUGGAGGAAAUACAGGCCAACAUGAUUCGAAAAAGGGAGCUAAUGGAUGCUGUGCACAGAGAACUUAAGGACACUAUAGCCAGAAAGUUAAGCAAGAUGGAGAAAAUACAGGCCAACAUGAUUCGAAAAAGGGAGCUAAUGGAUGCUGUGCACAGAGAACUUAAGGACACUAUAGCCGGAAAGUUAAGCAAGAUGGAGGAAAUACAGGCCAACAUGAUUCGAAAAAGGGAGCUAAUGGAUGCUGUGCACAGAGAACUUAAGGACACUAUAGCCGGAAAGUUAAGCAAGAUGGAGGAAAUACAGGCCAACAUGAUUCGAAAAAGGGAGCUAAUGGAUGCUGUGCACAGAGAACUUAAGGACACUAUAGCCAGAAAGUUAAGCAAGAUGGAGAAAAUACAGGCCGACAUGAUGCGAAAAAGGGAACUAAUGGAGGUUGUUCAUGGAGACCUUAAGAUCGAAUCUCAAAGAAAGAAAACUGCUCAUGAUGUUAAAAGGAAAGUUCUGCAGGAAUGCUUGGAAACGGUAGCCAAAAGGACCAAUUAUGUGACCAACAUUCGAGCAGAUAUACACAGAAAAUUUGAAAUGAUGAAAGCAGUCCACGGGGAGCUUGUGAGAAUGGAGGAAAAGAAAAAAGAUCGACUCAUUAAGGUACGGAUGAGAUUAUUAUUAUACAUGUGA